AUGCCUCUAGCGCAGCAACCCACAGUCUACCAUUAUCAAAAUCCCUUGACUGGCGAGCGCAUCGCCUCGCUACUGCCCCCAGACCACCCAGAAAUGAUAUGUUUACAGCAAGGGGCACAUGUCACCGAAACCAGCUUUGGCAUCCUAGGUAUUUUGGCUGCAAUAGUUUGGUUUCCAUUGGGCGUUGGCCUUUGCCUUCUUGACCGGAGGGUCAAGUGCAAACGCUGCGGGGCGGUCAUAGACAACGGUAUUUGUGGUUAA